AUGUCAUCACAUCUAGGUAAUGUUGUGAAUGGAACCAUUGGCAAGCAGAUGGUCGAUAUGCUUGUAGAAUCGUCCAACAAUGUGGAGAUGAUUCUGAAGUUUUUCGAUAUGUUCUUAAAAUUGAAGGAUUUGACUUCCUCUGAUGCAUUCAAAGAAUAUGACCCUGAUGGUAAAGGGAUAAUUUCAAAGAGGGAUUUUCACAAGGCAAUGGAAAGCCAUAAGCAUUACACCCAGUCUGAAACUGAGUUUCUGCUGUCAUGUGCCGAAACAGAUGAGAAUGAGACUUUGGACUAUGAGGAGUUUGUGAAGCGAUUCCAUGAGCCUGCCAAAGACAUUGGUUUCAAUGUCGCUGUUCUCCUGACCAACCUGUCAGAACACAUGCCCCACGAUACCCGCUUGCAAACUUUUCUCGAACUGUCAGAGAGUGUGCUGAAUUACUUUCAGCCUUUCCUUGGUCGCAUAGAAAUCAUGGGCAGUGCGAAGCGCAUUGAACGAGUUUAUUUUGAAAUAAGUGAGUCAAGUCGGACUCAGUGGGAGAAACCACAGGUUAAAGAGUCAAAGAGACAAUUUAUAUUUGAUGUUGUGAAUGAAGGCGGGGAGAAAGAAAAGAUGGAACUUUUUGUGAAUUUCUGUGAGGAUACCAUCUUUGAAAUGCAACUGGCUGCCCAGAUCUCUGAGUCAGAUCUGAAUGAAAGGUCAGCAAAUAAAGAGGAGAAUGAGAAAGAUAAGCCUGAGGAACAGGAUCCUAGAAUGGGUUUCUUCUCUCUUGUGACUAUGAAGUCAGCACUAGUAGCUCUCAGAUAUAAUUUAAUGACUCUUAUGAAAAUGCUCAGCGUGAAGAGCCUAAAGAAACAGAUGAAAAAAGUGAAGAAAAUGACCAUGAAGGACAUGGUCUUGGCUUUGUUUUCUUCCUAUUGGAGCAUUUUGGUGGGUUUGCUGCAUUUUGCUUGUAGUGUCAUCCGGGGAUUCUUUCGCAUCAUAUGCAGCUUGCUGCUUGGAGGAAGUCUAGUAGAAGGAGCAAAGAAAAUCAAAGUGGCUGAACUAUUAGCUAAUAUGCCAGAUCCCACUCAGGAUGAGGUACGUGGGGAAGGAGAAGAGGGGGAGCGGAAGCCAACAGAAGCUGCAUUGCCUACAGAAGACUUGACAGAUCUGAGAACUUUAUCAGAUGAGAGUGAUCUACUCUCAGAUAUAUUUGGUUUGGAUUUGAAACGAGAAGGUGGACAGUAUAAAUUGAUCCCUCACAAUCCAAAUGCUGGUUUGAGUGAUUUACUAAGCACUCCCUCCUUAGCUCCAAUGCCUGAGGUGCAGGAAAAAAUCCAGGAGCAGGUGAAAGAAGAGGAAAAGGAAGAGAAGGAGGAAACAAAAUCUGAACCUGAAAAAGCAGAAGGAGAAGAUGGAGAAAAGGAAGAGAAAGCCAAGGAAGAGAAAGUGAAACAGAAAUUAAGACAACUUCAUACUCACAGAUAUGGAGAACCAGAAGUUCAGGAGUCAGCUUUUUGGAAAAAAAUCAUUGCAUACCAACAGAAACUUCUUAAUUACUUUGCACGAAACUUUUACAACAUGAGGAUGUUGGCAUUGUUUGUUGCUUUUGCCAUCAACUUCAUCCUGCUUUUCUACAAGGUCUCCACCUCUGCUGUGACAGAAGAAAAGGAACUUCCUGUGGUAUCUGCUGGUGAAACUACCAAACUGAACAUGCUGGAAAGCGACAAUGAGAGGGUUAUUGCAGUGCAUUAUGUCCUGGAAGAAAGCAGUGGCUACAUGGAGCCCACGCUGCGGAUUUUGGCCAUCCUGCACACAGUCAUCUCAUUUUUCUGCAUCAUAGGCUAUUACUGUUUGAAAGUUCCAUUGGUUAUUUUUAAGAGAGAGAAGGAAGUGGCAAGGAAAUUAGAAUUUGAUGGGCUGUACAUAACUGAACAGCCAUCAGAAGAUGAUAUUAAGGGACAGUGGGAUAGACUUGUCAUCAACACACAGUCUUUUCCAAAUAACUAUUGGGAUAAAUUUGUGAAAAGAAAGGUCAUGGAUAAAUAUGGGGAGUUCUAUGGACGUGACAGGAUCAGUGAGUUACUUGGAAUGGACAAAGCUGCUCUUGAUUUCAGUGAUGCUCGAGAAAAGAAGAAACCAAAGAAGGAUAGCUCCUUAUCUGCUGUGCUAAAUUCCAUUGACGUUAAAUAUCAGAUGUGGAAAUUAGGAGUUGUUUUCACUGAUAAUUCUUUCCUUUACCUAGCGUGGUACAUGACCAUGUCAGUCCUUGGCCAUUACAACAAUUUUUUCUUUGCUGCUCAUCUCCUUGACAUUGCGAUGGGAUUCAAGACAUUAAGAACUAUCCUGUCAUCAGUGACCCACAAUGGGAAACAGCUUGUCCUUACUGUGGGAUUACUGGCAGUAGUAGUCUAUUUGUAUACAGUAGUUGCAUUCAAUUUUUUCCGCAAGUUCUACAACAAGAGUGAAGAUGGUGAUAUGCCAGAUAUGAAAUGUGAUGAUAUGCUAACAUGCUACAUGUUUCACAUGUACGUUGGAGUACGCGCUGGUGGAGGCAUUGGUGAUGAAAUAGAGGAUCCGGCAGGAGAUGAAUAUGAAAUCUAUCGGAUUAUCUUUGACAUCACUUUCUUCUUCUUUGUGAUUGUUAUCCUGCUUGCAAUUAUUCAAG